UUUCCACUCAAGACAAGUUGUGAGGAGGAUGACACCUUCAAAGAGGAUCACACUGUGUCUGAUAUUUCCACUUCUUGUAGAGAUGGAUGUGGUAGCUGGUACUGAAUCCUCAUCCAUACUUCAGGACAGUGGUCUCAUAUCAGCCAACGUUGGAGACACAGUGAUUGUGCACUGCUUCUAUAGAGGCCACAUUGACAUGUAUUUCUCCUGGUACAAGCAACCCUUGGGAGAUAAGCUUCAACUCUUCUCAACCGCCUUUAAGUUUGACAGGAACGCAACAUUUUACCAUGAGUUUAAGGAUAACCCUCGAUUCUCAGUGGAAAAUGGCCAAGAAAAUAAUCACCUGAGGAUCUCAGACAUGCAGCUCUCUGAUUCAGGCACAUACUACUGUGGGAACUCUUAUGGCAACAAGGUGGAGUUGGGAGAAGGAGCCAUUCUCAUAGUAAAAGGUUCAGGUUCCAGAAACAUGAUUGUGCUCCAGCAGCCUGUGUCUGAGUCAGUCCAGCCAGGAGACUCUGUGUCUCUGAACUGUACAAUACACACUGAGACCUGUGUAGGAGAACACAGUGUCUAUUGGUUCAGACAUGGCUCAGAAGAAUCCCUUCCAGGAAUCCUUUACUCGCAUGUAGACAUGAGUGAUCAGUGUGAGAAGAGCCCUGAGGCUGGGUCUCCUACACAGAGCUGUGUCUACAACCUCCCCAAGAGGAACCUCAGCCUCUCUGAUGCUGGGACUUACUACUGUGCUGUGGCCUCAUGUGGGGAGAUACUGUUUGGGAAUGGGACCAAGCUGGACAUUCAAGUUCCAGAGCAUGAUUCUCCAUUUGAUAUGAGUCCUACUGUUCUGUUGUUGGUCGUCUCCAACAUCGUUCUGGGUAACGUGACCCUUCUACUUGUCUGGGCGCUGUGCAAGACUCUGAACAGAGAUAGCAGAGGGAGGACAGAUGUCCCAAAAUCCCAGGGCAAUCAGAAUCAAGACAGUGACAUGUUGAACUACACAGCUGUCAGUUUC